AUGAUUGAAAUUCCUGCAGAUAACCAAUAAUUAUCAUCUUAAUAAACACUUGAAAUGCUUCAAUUCUAUUUCGAAACCAUUAUUUCUGAAUAUACUGCAUUCAACCAUGCUCAAAUUGUAUAUCCCCUUUAUCAAACGUUUUUAGUUCAAUUGAAUUAAGAGCUCAGAACUUUAGAACAAUCAAAUAUGGGAGAUAUAUCAAUUAAUUAAACUUACUAGAAUCUCAAAGUUCUUCAAAAAAAAGCAUCAGAUGACCAAAUUAUACAAGAAAUGCUAUUUGAAUAUGAUGAAUUCAUCCACCCUAUUCAAAUCCAAGCCCUGCCAAAACUAAUCAAUUAAAAGCAAAAACAACCCCAGAAAUAGAAGAAAGCAGUUAGUUGCAUUUUAGAUGAAAAUUGUGAUAAACAAGAAUUUUUAAAAGUUGGAUCCUAAUCAGUCCUAUUACACCACACCAAAGAGAAAGUGUAGAGCUUCUCUGAAUUAGACGAGAAUAAACUUAAUGUCAUAAAGGAAUUUGACGAGAAGAGUUACUUUUCGUAAAUCAACUUCGAAAGGAACCCCUUAUCCGAUCUAAAAGCUGUCACCGAAUAAAGAUUGGCUUAAUCCAAGAAUUACUACUAUAACGAAGCCUAAUUAGAUGAUGCCUAUUAUGUGAUAUAACAAGCUAAGAUGGAACUGCAGGAUAACGAACUACUCCUAAAAUGGUUCUACGAAACCUAUGGAGAAUACGUUACCUCGAUCGAAGAUAAAAUGAAUACUAUGCAAAUCAAUCUUAAUGAACUGGAAUCAAGUGGCUGGAUUAUCGAAAAAAAUACUAAAACACUUGUCAUUAAAUAUAAGAUUGAUUCCAAAAACUCAACUGUGACUCUCUUCAUGGAUUCAGUAUUUGAAGCAAAUGUCACUAAAUUGAUGGCUUUAAUUAAUGAAAUUGAACUAUAUCAAAACUAUGUUCCAUUUUGUGUUAGAUCAUCAAUGCCCAAAAAAAUCGGAAAAUGCUGUAAAAUUUGUGACAUACAGGUGUAUUUUCCUUUGAUUUCUGACAGAAAAGCUGUGUUUGUUGGAGAAGGAAUUGAUAGGCUUAACAUCAAUGGUACUAUAGUAUUUCUUUGUAAAUCUAUUGACAAUGAUCCUGAAUUUUUAAAAGUACAUAAUAUAGACUUGUCAAAAGACAAAGGAAAGUUUGUAAAUCUGAUAUUGAAUUACUAUGUAUUUGAAUUAACACCUAUCAGUGAAAAUAAAUGUAGAGUAAGGGCUGUUACCAAUUCAGAUCCCCAAUGUAGAUACAUACCUAAAGCAUUAGUUGCCUUGGUUGCCAGAAAAAUGGCCAGCACUUUGUUUGAGAAAAUGUAAAAAAUAACUCAGAAUUUUGAGAAAAGUCCAUGGUAUCCUAAGUAUGUGGAAAACCAAGAAUUUUAUGAUUGGAUCGACAAUAAGGUUUAGGUGUAUUUUUCUAAAUAAAAAUAAAUAUGA